GCGCGGGCAGGGCGGCAGACAUGUACCUUUUGGACAGCAGCGAGCCGCCGGCCGCCGCCUCCCCCGAGAGGAUGCAGCGCGGGACCCCCCAGAGGAAAACCGUCUACCGCAUCUCCGUGACCAUGGUGAAGAAGGAGCUGCUGGGGCCGGAGGGCGCCGGGCAGCCCGGCUCCGAGCCGCCCCAGCACGGGCGGUGGGGCUGCAGCCAGGCGCCCGGCUCGUCCAGCCUCACCAGGGCCGGGCUGCUGCUGGUGGAGGAAGAGGAGGGCGAAGAGGAGGGCGAGGAGCAGGACCGAGUGCCCAGCCCCUGUGGCUUCCGCAAUUUCAGGACCCUCAGCACUGGGCAGCUGGAGCUGGGCCGUCUCAAGGUGCCGCGGCGAGCGGGGCAGCCCUUCCCCGCCGAGCUGACCUUCAGGUGGCCACGGCAGCAAACCUCCAUGGGACCGAGGAGCAGCCCUUCCCUGGAGGAUGCCACCCUCACCCCGGAGCCAGCAGCCACCUGUAGCUGCGAGGAAGCCAGAGCUGCAACUGAGCUGGUGGCUGCUUCUCCCAAGGAGGAUGCUGGGCUCCAGGCCCACCGCUUGCCUGCAAGCUGCUGGGGUGAGGCCGUGCAGCCGGGGGAACCAGGCCACAGCCCCGGGCGGCAGCCGGGCCUGCUGCGGCGCAGCUUCAGCUUCAGGCACUGGAGCGGCGCGGAGCUGCUGCGGGCACGGGCACUGAGCCGGGUGCGGCGGCACAGCAGCUCAGGAUGUCUCCCCGCACCACCGGGGCCGCAGCCCAAUGAGGUGGCUGAAGCACCAGGCUCGCCACCCGCCGAGCCACCCGCUGCUGAGAAGCGCAACACCCUGGAUGUGGGUGAGGUGCUGAGCAAGGCCGACCCGCUCUCCGAGCUGGAGCGCUGGGAGCGGAGCAAGAGCAAGAACCGCACGCUGGAUAACAGCGACCUGCAGCGGCUCUCGGAGCGCCUGGGGCGGGACGGCCCCACUGGCAGCCCUGCGGCCCAUGAGCACCGGCUGCUGCGCUUCUUCAGCGGCAUCUUCGCCCGCAAGGAUGGCACCUCCACCCUCUUCGGCAGUCCCCAUGGCAGGUCCCCACGCAGCAGCUUCUCCAGGUCCAGGGCUUAUUUUAGCAGUCUCAGGAGAGCCACCGCCGACAUAGAGUCCAGCUCCGAGAGCAUCGAUGGGUCCCCUCACAAAGAUGCCUUUGUAAAUAGCCAGGAAUGGACACUAAGCCGAUCUGUACCAGAGCUGAAAGUGGGGAUCGUGGGUAACCUAGCUAGUGGCAAGUCUGCACUUGUACACCGGUAUCUGACUGGCACAUAUGUCCAAGAAGAAUCACCUGAAGAUAUGGAUGCAGGUGGGAGAUUCAAGAAGGAGAUAGUAGUUGAUGGACAAAGCUAUCUGCUGCUGAUUAGAGAUGAAGGGGGCCCUCCAGAGGCACAGGAAUGGAAUCACUUAGGGAAAAAUAAAGGAAGCGAGUUUGCCAUGUGGGUGGAUGCUGUUAUAUUUGUCUUCAGUUUGGAAGAUGAAGUCAGCUUCCAGACCGUUUACCACUACUACAGCCGUAUGGCUAACUAUCGUAACACUAGUGAAAUUCCAAUGGUACUAGUAGGAACUCAGGAUGCUAUAAGUUCCAGUAACCCACGUGUCAUAGAUGAUGCCAGAGCAAGGAAGUUAUCAAACGAUCUCAAGAGAUGCACUUACUAUGAAACCUGUGCUACAUAUGGGCUCAACGUGGAGAGAGUCUUUCAAGAUGUUGCUCAGAAGAUUGUCGCAACAAGGAAGAAACAGCAACUCUCGAUUGGACCCUGCAAAUCCCUACCGAACUCUCCAAGUCACUCAUCUGUGUGUUCUGCCCAGGUUUCUGCUGUACAUAUCAGCCAGACCAGUAAUGGAGGAGGGAGUUUAAGUGAUUACUCCUCCUCUGUCCCAUCAACUCCAAGCACCAGCCAGAAGGAGCUACGGAUUGAUGUUCCUCCCACUGCCAACACACCAACUCCUGUCCGUAAACAGUCCAAGCGCCGAUCCAACCUCUUCACGUCUCGGAAAGGUAGUGACCCAGACAAAGAGAAGAAGGUCCUGGAAAGCAGAACAGAUAGCAUUGGAAGCGGUCGUGCAAUCCCAAUUAAACAGGGUAUGCUGCUAAAGCGAAGUGGCAAGUCAUUGAAUAAAGAAUGGAAGAAGAAAUACGUGACGUUGUGCGACAAUGGUGUGCUGACCUAUCAUCCUAGUUUACAUGACUAUAUGCAGAAUGUUCAUGGGAAAGAAAUCGACUUGCUGAGAACCACUGUGAAAGUUCCUGGAAAGAGGCCACCCCGAGCUACGUCAGCUUGUGCACCUAUUUCCAGUCCCAAAACAAAUGGCCUCUCCAAGGACAUGAGCAGUUUACACAUCUCGCCAAAUUCAGGGAACGUGACUACUAGCACAUCUGUGUCUCAGAUGGCCAGUGGGAUCAGUCUAGUCUCCUUCAACAGUCGUCCGGAUGGUAUGCAUCAGCGCUCUUACUCGGUCUCCAGUGCAGAUCAGUGGAGUGAGGCAACAGUCAUUGCAAACUCUGGCAUUAGCAGUGAUACCGGAUUAGGAGAUUCUGUGUGUUCAAGCCCAAGUAUAUCCAGUACAACCAGCCCCAAACUCGAUCCGCCUCCUUCACCUCAUGCCAACAGAAAGAAGCAUCGCAGGAAGAAAAGCACCAGCAAUUUCAAAGCUGAUGGUAUCUCAGGCACAGCUGAAGCCAAACGCAAAGCUUGGAAACUAAACCGUGUUGGUAGCCUGCGAAAUAUAUACAGCAGCAGCAGCACCAACACUGAAGAACAAGAAGAAAACUUCGAGUUUAUCAUUGUCUCUCUCACUGGCCAGACUUGGCACUUUGAAGCUACCACAUACGAAGAAAGAGAUGCAUGGGUACAAGCCAUAGAGAGUCAGAUCUUGGCCAGUUUACAGUCAUGCGAGAGCAGCAAGAACAAGUCCCGUAUGACGAGUCAGAAUGAGGCCAUGGCCCUUCAGUCAAUAAGGAACAUCAGAGGCAAUUCCCACUGCGUGGACUGUGAAGCACAGAACCCUGACUGGGCCAGCUUGAAUCUGGGAGCCCUCAUAUGCAUUGAAUGCUCAGGUAUACACCGAAACCUUGGUACACACCUCUCCCGGGUCCGCUCUCUUGACCUGGACGACUGGCCUAUAGAGCUUAUCAAGGUGAUGUCUUCUAUCGGGAACGAGUUGGCAAACAGCGUCUGGGAGGAGAACAGCCAAGGCCAUAUGAAACCUUCGUCAGAGUCCACAAGGGAAGAAAAGGAGCGCUGGAUACGUGCAAAAUAUGAGCAGAAGCUCUUCCUCGCCCCACUGCAAUGCCUGGAGCUUACUCUGGGCCAGCAUCUCCUGAGGGCUACAGCCGAGGAAGAUUUGCGGACGGUCAUCCUGCUCCUUGCCCACGGGACACGGGAGGAGGUGAACGAGACCUGCGGGGACGGGGAUGGGCGCACUGCCCUGCACUUGGCCUGCAGGAAAGGAAACGUGGUGUUGGUGCAGCUCUUGAUUUGGUAUGGCGUUGACGUGAUGGCACGUGAUGCCCACGGGAACACGGCGUUGGCCUAUGCCAGGCAAGCCUCCAGCCAGGAGUGCAUUGAUGUUCUCCUCCAGUACGGCUGCCCCGAUGAGCGCUUCGUCCUCAUGGCGACUCCAAAUUUGUCCAGGAAGAACAAUAACCGGAACAACAGCAGCGGAAGAAUGCCCACCAUCAUCUGAGGAGCUUACUCGUGUAUUCGCUGACCUGAAUUACAUCCGCAGCCUCAUAUUCCUCCAUUCCCGUCACAGCUCUGCUCUGUGAGUCUGACAACUUCCCUUUUUUCCCUUUUCCCUUCGGUGCAUCCCUGUCCCAUCCAGAAACGGCGCGUCUGGAUAGUGCGAGGGGGUGAGAAGGAGUGAAAGGGGCUGCAGAGAAAGCAGUUGUUUCAGUGACAGCUCUCCGACGAUGACAAGCAGGCAGCAGAAGCAUACGAGAGCGUGUGGGUUCUCUAGGACACGGCACGUGGCACGGGACCGUGGGGACGGUUGUCCCUGGGCACAGGCUCUACAAGUGCAGAAGGAAGGGGCGGAGGGAGACGAGAGCGGGAGCAAGAGGAGAAGAAAGGAGCGAUGGCAACUUUCCGUAACUGACAGUUAAGCACAUCAGUACAUUUCACCUCUACCAAACGGAACGGCUGGAUUUCAUUCUCUUCUCUGAAGAGCUUGACGGCAUAAAUCAGAAGCAAGCACAGAGUUUGUCAGGUUUGAAGCUCCUAUGAUGGUAUGUGUCAAAUCAGUUGUAGCUAAUCUGUCCAGGGAGAAUACUGGCUUCAUUACACUUGUAUAGUUGAGUUCUUCCAGCAUUACCGCUGUUUAAUAGAACAUGAUUAGUCAUCACGGAGAAAAAAGCAUAUUAGCUGAGGAGGUAGUUACAUGGCACGCUUCGGUGAUUGCUUGGAUGUGAUUGCAAUAUUCUUAGAAGCAUCAUAUUAUCUCAGACAUGUUCUUUCAAGCCCUUGGAGCCCUCCUUUCUAAAUUCACUGUCAUAAUUUAGUAUCUGUUUAAUUUUUCAGUCCAAAGAGAGGAAAUGAGUUGCUGAGUGUUAUUUGACUGCAGUCUCCUUGGUGUAAAAACAAAAUGGAAAAAAUAAAUAAGAGUAACUAUGAAACACAAAAAGGAAUAAUGAAUACUGCUAAGGAAAAACAUUUCAAGUACAUUUAGUAAAAUUAAUAAAUGCAUUAAAGGCUAAUAUUUUUUCAGCCAGCAGAAAUAUGUUCUAUCAUUUUGCCAAGGUAAACAUGUUGAGUUUUUGGUCACUCCUGUGAUGCAUUGCCUAACUUAUACAGAUUUUGUAUUGUGUCUUUAGAUUAUAUGUAUGUAAAAUCUAUUUGAAUAAAAAAAUCAUAAAUAUGCAUUGAUUUUUUUGUACAGAAAAUGACAUCUCUGUUAAUUUAUAAACUGUAAUGGAUGUGAACUAAAUCAUGUGCAACUAGUUAGGAUCUGUGGAGUACAGAUCAUUGUACAUUGAAAUUCUUCCCAGCAGUGAACCCUAUUUCCAUUGCAAGCCUUUGAGGAACAUAUCAGAAUGAGAUUGUGGCACACUUGGCCUGAAAAAAAUAAUGUAUGAGAGCUUUUAGAAAGGAAAAGAGGCUGUUUCUCAGCACUGUAAAUAUAUUUUACUUCAGAAGGCAUGAAGCUUUCACAAGCCAAGACAAAAAGCCAUAGUCUGGAUGUGUGAAGAUCAGAUUUGAUUAAUUUCAGAAUUGAUAGCCUUCACCAAGGCGGGCAGGGCAUGGCUGCGCUAACUCUGAACUUGGCUGCUCUCUGGAAGAAAAAUGGCUUGUGAAAGUAGCCUGGACAGUUCAUUUGAAUUCCACCCUUUAAUACAUAAUUUGAUUUUUUUAUUUAUUUUUUUUAUUAUUUUGGGUGUUGCCAGACAGAUCCUAGCUUCUGCCAUUUUCCACAAACUAGGAUUCUGGCACAGGGAAGCAGGCUGUAAGGUUUUUGGCAGACAGAAAAGUGAUUUUUAAGUGGCAUAUGGCAAUGUGAAGAUGGGGGAAGGGCAUAUCACAGAGAAAGUUGAAAACUCAACUGAAUUAGAUGGCAAAGGAGCAAUUAUGUGAAGUCAGUGAGGUGCACACAGCAUAGUAAUUUGCAAAUCUACCUGCUUCAUCUGUAUUUCCCAAGCCUCCAGUGUUGUUCUUCCUUGGGGCUCUGUAUUUCAUUUGACAUCCAAAUGGGAGGGGGUAGCAGUCACUAAAUAAAAUAUAGGUCGACAAAAUGUGAAGGGAAGGAAAAAGAAGUAUUCAGGGUAUCUUAAGGAAAAAAAAUCAGAAAAUUACAGAUUUGGUGUAAAAAUCAUAAAAUCUUGGAAGAAAAGCAUGCCCCAAGGUGAAAAAAGCUAGAAUGCUGACCAGCUUUUUCCUGUUCUGUGGUGUUGUCAUUUUAUAGCUUGUUACUGUACAGACCUCUGGCUGUAGGGAGAUCUUUCUUUGGCUGCCCCAGAAUAAUGCUACAUCCAGUUCCGUUCACACUGGGAGCUUUUUUUUUAUUUUAUUUUUUUCCCUUGAGGAAAGGUGUCUGUUGUAGUUGCUGUUUCUCCAUCAUUGCCAUGAAGCUCCCUGAUCUUUGGUACUGACGGGUGGUCCUACGGUGACAGGACAGCCCACCUAAAUGUUCAGCCAAACGGGAUGCUCGGAGCCCACCGCGUCCUGGUGCUCACGAGCCUUACACCUGCACCGGGGGCGCGGGGGGAAUUCAGGAACUGCCGCUCGUGUGCCCAGAGGUGUCGGCUGCCCGCAGCUCCCCUGGGAACAUCAAGCGCAUUUCCAUCAGAGAAUCAAGUCCAACGUUUCAAACACAUUGUCAGCAAAUUUGCCACAAAUAAGUUCUCAAUGCAUCUUCCGUUUCAGAGCUGAAAAUGUUUUCUGUACCUAAUGUUCUCUGUGGGCCACCUUCCUCUUACGAGGCUGAGAGUGAUGUUUGAGAGACAAGGGCAGCCAGGCUGCCAUGCAGAUUCCAGGUAGAAGAGUUAUACGCUCCUUUCAUAAAGACUUUCUGAAGGUGAACCUUAAAAAAUAUAUUUUUUUUGGAAAGGGAAUUCCACUGUAUUACAGGCAAAAUGAUGUAUCCUGGCUAGCCAACUAAUAACCUCAUACUUUAAUCAAGCGGUAACACUUGCUUUUAACCUAAACAAAGCUUUCCCGUGGACAUGUACGCGUCGGCAGUGAUGAUGGUGAAGCCGUGCUUUUGUAGGCUACCUGGUGGCUUCCCCGGACUCCUGGGGGUCUGCAGGGAGGAUGCCCAAACCCCUGGGAGCCAGAGGACCAUGUGCCCGUGGUGGUGGGAAACACAGAGGCAGGCUUUGAUGGCUCGGGUUUUUUUCUUAGCCAUGGGUUUCUCUCUCCACGCAGCUCUGGCCAGCAGGAGAGAGACAAGGUCUCGGGGCUCUGUGUGCUUUUCAGGGGAUGCGUUUGCACUUUGCAAAGGAUGUUCUUGAAGCCGCCCAGGUGUGGCACCAGUGUCAGCGCUUUGAGAACCUGCAGGAAUUGUUCCCGUUGCUCUCACUCUGUUAACCUGUCCGUUUUCUGUUCUUCAUCUCGUGUCUAGCCCCUCUUGUUGCUUUUAUGGAACCCACUUGCCAGGCUGUUUACGCCCUUUGAGCAUGUUAUGAGCAAAUUAAAAACAAAUUGAAAUCCAGUCAAUAAGAAAUCCCAGCAGAAACAUGCUAGCUAAAUCUGUUGCUGUUUUUUCAGAAAAUGGAGUUUGUGGCAGUGGUUCUCACCGAGUGCCCCAUUUAACCCUUCGCAUGAUCCCAAAUACUUUUGAAUCCCACUUGCUCUGCACUUUAUUCACCAUGACUACAACACUAGGAGUGAGUGAACCUUUGCUACUAACAUCAGCACUUUCCUGCUAUUGACACGAGGCUAAUUGCCUGAAGUGGAGAUGAGUCGGAUGUGUUGUACCCGGCACCUGAACCUCGGUAGUCCAGGACUUCAGGAGGGUUUACUCGCUAUUUGUUAAGAGAUAAGACCCAACCUUGGGAAAAUUCAGGGUCUCGCCAGUGCAGAGUUUGGCCAGGGGCUCUCAUUACCAGAUUUCCAGUUUCAUUGCUGAAAGGAGGCAGAAAAAAAUAGCUAUUUCUGGCAUGUCUUGGCAUCUCCCGAGCUAUGCGCAGCUUGGAAAGCCAAGCGAGCUAUUGGAAAGGAGAGAGGGCUUUCAAGCAUUUCUACUUGGGCGUAGUGUAUAAUAACUGUGUAAACAUUAAUAUUGUUUACGUUGCUGUCUAUCCCUAUUUCCCUAAAUUAUGUGUUAGUGCAAGAGGCUUUGGCUGCACUUGGAGAUUUCCCCUGGCAAGAGGAAGCUGAGUAACGUAGGGAAAGGAAUAGAGGUGUGAGUGCAGAUACACUCGUAGCGAUGAUCUCCAGCACUGUAAUGUAGUAUAAUUAGCUGAUGCGGUUUUCAGAUAGCUUCAUCUUUUAUAUUUGUAUGGAGAUCAUGAAAAAUGAAGUAAUUUGUAGUUUCUAGUGUAAAGUAGUAGUAGUGGAGACAAGCACAGAUUUCACACGAGGGCUCUGAAGGGGCCCUCUACAAAUGUCUCGGGGAGCUGUGUUUGCACCUUAACGGGGAACAAAUGUGCGUUGUGCCGGGAGGUAUUCACGGCGAAGAAGGAAAGUGUUGGGGACCAAACUUGGGGCAGUUUGUGUGGACACACAAGAGCUUGCCCAUUGCAAUUCAUCAUCAAGAUUCUUUGUUUCCCCUCUGAUGCCUACUGCAGUUAUUAGCACAUGGGAUCUCCGGCUGUUAGUCUCGGAUCCUCCUUCAACAUCGCCUUCCAUUUUGGUUGAUUUUGGGGUAAAAUGUAUUGCGGAGAAAAGUUUGGGCUAUUCUUGUGUCUGCUGCAUAGCAAAAGAGAGCUCACUCCAGAUUAAAAUUCUUUUUGAGCAAAGUAAAACCAAAAUCAAUCAAACUAACAAACAAAAAA